AUGUUCAUUGAAGAAAUCGUGAAGUACAUCCACCGUAGAUUACAUGUACCAUUAAGGAUUUCUCAGCCAUUACUCAUUGAGAUGGAAUAUCAUAUCCACUUUGUUUCUUCCUGGUUGAACGAUAGUUCCUCACAUAUAGCAGACAUAGUCACUAUUUUUGGUAUCGGUGGGAUUGGGAAGACAUCUUUAACCAAACAUGUCUAUGGGUUAUAUUCUCAUGAAUUCCAAACAAGUAGCUUUAUUGAAGAUAUCGCAAGGAAAUGUGAUGGAAAGUUUAAUGGGUUGCUUGAUUUACAAAAUCAACUCUACAAUGACAUUUCAAAAACAUGUUCAAUUAGAGUUCAUGAUAUAGUGAUAUACACCACACAGAUAGAGCAUGCACUUGCCCGUAAAAGGGUCUUUCUAGUCCUUAAUGAUAUCGCCACUCUUGAUCAGUUGGAUGCGUUACUUGGAAGCAAGGUUUUCAUCGUGGAAGCAAAAUUAUAA